AAGCAUUGUAGGGAGACCACACACACACACACACACACAGGCACUUCCGUUCUGAAAGCAGUUGUGCUCUGGACUCCUGCUUGUCACUUCCUGGUGGUGGUUGGGUUGAGUUCAGAUUAAACACCGCUCUGCGUCUAAACCUGGAGCCCACGUGUAUGAGUGUUUGUAAGCGUGUGUGUGUGUGUGUGUGUGUGUGUGAUGUAGAUGGCCGAUCCUAACGCGUUCAGAGCUGAGAGAUGAGUUUCGAAACCAUUCUGGAGGAGACUCUGAUCAAACGGUCGCAGCAGAAGAAGAGAACUUCACCACUCAACUAUAAGGAGCGAGUUUUCGUCCUCACCAAGAGCAGACUGACGUACUACGAGGGACGCGCCGAGAAGAAGUUCAAGAAAGGCUCCAUCGACCUGCAGCGUGUGAAGUGUGUCGAGAUCGUAAAAAAUGGAGGUUUGGUCAUCCCAUGUGAAAACAAAUACCCCUUCCAGGUGGUCUAUGACACCAACACUCUAUAUAUCUUUGCUCCCAGUAAUGAGAGCAGGAGUGCGUGGGUACAGAACAUGAAGGAGGAGAUAAAGAACAACCCUCAGGUCAUGGAGAAGUUCCACCCACAGUUCUGGCAGGGGGAGUGGCUGUGCUGCGGCCAGGAGGAUAAACUCGCUCUGGGCUGUGAGGAAUACAACAUGUUCGGAGACAUUUCACGGAAACCGCUUCCCCCCAUUCCUGGUGCAGAGUUUGAGACAAAAUCCCGGCGCCCACUGCCACAGCCUCCCCCUGACCAGGAAGAGGAGGAGCCUAAAGAGGAAGUAGUUAUCGCGAUGUAUGAUUUUGAAGGAACAGAAAGUCAGGACCUAACGCUACGUCAGGGUGAGGAGUAUGUCAUCAUCAAAAAGUGUGACCUUAACUGGUACCAAGCACGCGACAAAUAUGGGAAAGAAGGAUACAUUCCCAGCAACUACGUAACUCCAAAGCAGCCGAAUAAUUUGGAGCAGUUUGUAUGGUUCUGCAAAAAUGUCAACCGCAACAAAGCAGAGGGGCAGCUAAGGAAAGAGGAUAAAGAGGGAGGGUUCAUGGUACGAGAGUCCAGUUCUGGUGCCUACACUGUUUCUUUAUACACAAAGUCUCUGGGUGAUGGAGGCCCAGUGAUUAGACAUUAUUAUAUAAAGGAGACUCAGACUAAACAGUUCUACCUGGCAGAGAAACACCAGUUCAACAGCAUUCCUGAACUCAUAGAGUACCAUAAACACAACGCAGCAGGUUUGGUGACCAGAUUGCGUUAUCCAGUAAACAGCAAUAGCAGAGCAGCACCCUCAACAGCAGGAUUCAGCUACGAUAAGUGGGAGAUUAACCCGUGUGAGCUGACCUUCAUGAAGGAGUUGGGCAGCGGGCAGGUCGGGGUGGUUCGACUGGGCAAGUGGAGAGCGCAGCACAAAGUGGCCAUUAAAGCCAUCAAGAAAGGAGCCAUGAGUGAGGAGGACUUUAUCGAGGAGGCCAAAGUGAUGAUGAGUCUGUCCCACCCCAAGCUGGUGCAGUUAUACGGUGUGUGUACGCAGCAAAGGCCCAUCUACCUGGUGACGGAGUUUAUGGAGCUUGGCUGCCUCCUAAAUUACAUCCGACAGCGCAGAGGCACAUUCAGUCCGCAAAAUCUGCUCAGCAUCUGCCACGAUGUGAGCCAGGGCAUGCAGUACCUGGAGGCCAACCGCUUUCUCCACCGCGACCUGGCUGCUAGAAACUGCCUCGUCAGCGACUCGCACGUAGUGAAAGUGUCAGACUUCGGAAUGGCCAGAUACGUCCUGGACGAUCAGUACCUGAGUUCGUCAGGAGCCAAGUUUCCAGUGAAGUGGUCUCCACCUGAGGUCUUUAACUUCUGCCGAUACAGCAGCAAAUCAGACGUCUGGUCCUUCGGUGUGUUGAUGUGGGAGGUGUUUACCGAGGGAAAGAUGCCCUUCGAGCACAACUUGAACCACGAGGUCGUGUCCAUGGUGAUGCAGGGUCAUCGUCUCUAUCGGCCCAAGAAAGCUGCGCCGCACAUCUAUGACAUCAUGCAGCAAUGCUGGCAGGAGAGACCAGAGGAAAGACCAUCGUUUCGACAGAUCACACAGAUGAUCACGGAUGAGCUGGAGACAGAUAGCCCCGCCCCCUGAUCACUGAUUGGACGACAGGUGUAACUGCUCAAAACUCUCCUCAAUGAACUGCACAUGUGACUGAUGGAAGCGUCCAGAAACAUUCAGUAUGAAACGUUGCUGUACGUCAGUACAAGUGUGUGUGUGUGUGUGCGUGUGUGUGUGUGUGUGAGUGUGUACACGCUUCAUUCUGUACAUUAAGCAUAGUAAUGUGACUGUGUGUAUAAGCAUAUAAUAAAAUAAAAUUUUAAUAACUGCA